CAUGGCUGACAGCAAGGCCAAGCCUGCCAAAGCAGCCAACAGGACACCCCCCAAGUCCCCAGGGGACCCUGCCAGGGACAAGGCGACCAAGAGGCUGUCACUGGAAUCAGAGGGCGCCAGCGAGGGGGCGGCCGCUGCCCCAGAGCUCAGUGCGCUGGAGGAGGCCUUCCGGCGGUUCGCGGUCCAUGGGGACACCCGGGCCACUGGGAAGGAGAUGCACGGCAAGAACUGGUCCAAGCUGUGCAAGGACUGUCAUGUGAUUGACGGGAAGAACGUGACCGUCACAGAUGUGGACAUCGUCUUCAGUAAGAUCAAGGGAAAGUCCUGCCGGACCAUCACCUUCGAGCAGUUCCAGGAGGCGCUGGAGGAGCUGGCCAAGAAGCGAUUCAAGGACAAGAGCAGCGAGGAGGCGGUUCGCGAGGUGCACAGGCUCAUUGAGGGCCGUUCGCCCGUCAUCUCAGGGGUCACGAAAGCCGUGUCCUCGCCCACCGUGUCGCGGCUCACGGACACGACCAAGUUUACGGGCUCCCACAAGGAGCGCUUCGACCCAUCGGGCAAGGGCAAGGGCAAGGCUGGCCGCGUGGACCUGGUGGAUGAGUCAGGCUACGUGCCUGGCUAUAAGCAUGCAGGCACCUAUGACCAGAAGGUGCAGGGGGGCAAGUAGCUGCAGGACACCCUGGACGCUGGGGACGCGUGAGGCGCGUGCCCGACUGGCACCCCGUCCCACUUCAUCACAUUCCUUUGCACACUGGGCAGUACUCGUGGACCUUGGCCUUGCCUGCUGGGAAGGGGACACCCAGGCUACCUCCUGCCCGGCAACACCUCUCAGACCCAGGUUUGGGUCCUGAUUCACUGACCCUUCCUAACACAGUUGUCUCGUCCAGAACUGGGAAGUGGAUGGUCCUUUUCAAAUGGUCUCCCAGGACUGUGCCACACUGGAUACCUGCUUGCAGGGAAAGGGGCAUUCUGGGAGCUGUUAGGUGUGGGAACAAGUGGGGCAGACCCUGUCGGAGGCCCUGCUGACCUUCUGACACCUUCUAGGAGCCUCUGAGGCAGUAGGAGUUAACCAACUAACCAACAGCACAAAUGAAACCGCUACCCCAGCAGGACACAGGCAGUGUCCGAGGCGCCCCACGAGCAGGGGCCACAGCCCUUCAUGCUGUCCUGGCAGGGCGUGUGGCAGGCCACACAUGCAGUGCCUGUGGACAGGUCUGUGCUGAGGGCAGUGUGAGAGGCAGGCCCAGGAGCCACAGCAGAACCUUGGGCUGCCCAGGGCGUGGCCUGGGAGUGAAGUGGGCAGUCCCUCCCCUUUGCUGUCCUAGCAGUGAUGAGCCAUGGUGACCGCUUGUGCUUAGAGUGGUCCAGGGGGCUCAGCUCGCCCUGCUGUGUCACCAGCCAGACUGGGACAUGUGUGGUGCAGAGCCCACGCGGUGGCCUCGGUGCGAGGGCGGGCCUCUCCGGGCUUCCUGCGUGGCUGUGCUGGCUCCGCCCGGCUUUGCUUGCAGCCUCCCUCAGGGAGGGUCUAGGCAGCGUGCUCAGCUCCCGGUCCUCCCGACACCCCAAGGCAGGACACCAAGCCUUCAGAGCCAGUGGCAUUUGCUGGGGUUUCCUUUUCUGCCAUGGGCAGCUGAGUGCACAGGGCCAGUGCAGAGCUGGCCCAGGACCCUGCCCACCCACACCACAGGCCGCACGGGCAGCCCCUCCUCAGCAUGGUGCAGGCACAGGGACUGAGCGUUCCUGUGCCAUGCUGAGGCUAAGAGGCGUGCGCCACGACUGUCACCAGGGCCCACAGCAACCCGCGGGGCUGUCGUCCUGGAAAGAGCCCAUGGCAGCCUGGGGAAAUGCUUCCAAGAACCUGCUUGUUCUUGGCCACCGACUGUCCGGAUGGCUGUUCAGGGGGACUCUCAGCCCAGCCCACAGCACAGGCAGACAGUAAGGCCCUCUUCCCGCCAUGGCAGGUGGACAUGCCACCCACCACUCCUGAGCCUGAAGAGUGCCCAGUCACAGCUGCAGCCCCGUGGAGGCCAGACCCCAGCCCCUGAGCAGAGCAGAGACCUCGGGUCCCAGCUGAAGGCUCCCCGAGUCCCCCAACACCAAUGGCCUCCAUGGAGGAUGGGUGGCCCCAGCAGACAGCACCCUUCCGAGGUCCUGGGAGACCAGGUGCCUGGCACAGAUGACAAGGGGAACUGGGUCUGAGGCUUGGGGACUCCCUGUGGGUGUCAUCUCGCUGGUCUGGGGAGAAGCUGCCAGGUGCCCAACCCCAGCCCAGCAUUCCAGACUUGAAGCUGGUCUUUUGUGUGAAGAGAUUAGAGGCCAAAACAACGUGGGCAGUGUUGGACACCAGCUCUGUGCACUACCCCACAGCCCUGUAUUCAGACCAGCAGCAGUAUUCCAUCAGUGGUCUCYCCAGACCCCCAGUCCCAGGGCCCCGGAACACCCACCCCCUCCUGGCUCUUGCCCUCUCCAGCACCCCUGGUUCCCAGGGGCCCCCGUGGCUGGCCGUCUCUUGGUCUGAGGCUGAUCUUCUCCCUUUCUUCUGCCUGUGAAGCUGAGUUCCCCUCAUCAUGGCAACAGUCCCUACAGGCACGUACCCUGGGCCAGGGUAGAGGGAUGGGGCGGGGGGCACCCAACGGGUCCUGUGCCACAUUAUCAGGUAUGGAUGCUCCCUGGGACCCCACAGUCUGUGUGGAGCACCAGGACACUGUCUGCUGGUCAGUGGGUCACUGUCGGACAAGAACGACUCUGACCAAGUGGUGGGCUGGCCUGCUGCAGGAACACACAGGAAGUUGGACCCACGCAGAAGCAGCCAUCUCAGUGCCAUCCUCAGGGGACCUCAAUCCCUCGUGACUGGGCACCCUGUCCACGCAGCCCACACCUCAUGAUAUCACUGCCCAGAACUGGACAGAGAAGCACAGACUGGCGGGGCCACAGGUCCCAGGCUGCAGAGUGCCAGCCCCGGCCAGCUCUGGCUCCUGAAGGUGCGCCCUUGCCAGGCCAAGUCCUCUCACUUCUCAUGAGAACUGGAGAAUGCAUUCCUGGUCACCAUAACGAAUCCUUGGGUUUUACUGAAGAAAAACCUUGGUGGCCCUCCACAUCCUAGCCUGGUAUGCCCUCGGGCUUGUGCAGGAGAGCCAGUGCGCCAGGCUGUCCCAUCACAUGGUACUCGUGGCACACAGCACUGCAUCAGACGAGUGGUUCCCAUUUUGUCCCCAACAGGUUCCAAGGGCUUCCUCGGACACACGUGGGUAAGGACCAUACCCUCCUCUGGUCAGUUUCAAACUGUAGCUUUGAAACACACCCUCCCUUCCCACCUGUGUCCCUAGCAAGGAAAGGGCAGUAAAAACCAACCCAGGAAACUUUAAAACUGGGCACGGAACCUGUGCGCCCCCGCACGCAGAGCGGGCUGGGACUCUGUACAAAGUGGUGCGUUUCCUCAGUCUCUGGACGCCCGCCGUGAGCUGUGGGCAGGUCCUGCCUGUGUCGCAUGGUCUCUCAGUGCCAGUAACUUUACUAACCACGGUUCACAGGGGCAGACACAUCUGUAGGUGAAACUGCACAGCAUGCAACCCCAGACACGGGGACACGUUCUGUCAGGAGGUGACUCCCAGGAGACAAGGACAGGUUCUCUCAGGUGACAUUCUGUCGGGAGGUAACAUCCAGGAGACAGGGAUGAAUUAUAAGGAGACACUGGUGACAAGUCAGGUUCUGUCAGGUGACACCCAAGAGAGGGGCAGGUUGUCGAGGUGGACAGAGCUGACGGAGUGUCACUCUCAGGGAAGGAGGCGUAGGAGCGUGGUGGGGAACGCUGGUCCUAGCAGAGGCUUCUUUACUUCUGUUUACUGCUCUAGGGUAAGCACCUAGUAAGUGCUCUGUAAGGGUCGUAGUGGUUAGCUCUACCAAAAUCAAAGUUCAAGUGAUGUUUAAAAAUAUUAUAGCAAAAGAUAUAUAUUUAUACUGGAGUAUUUUUACACCUUUGAUAUCCUUGGUCUUAUGUUUGAGGGUAGACGACAAUGACAGCAGAUGCAGGGACAUUUUGAAAAGGCACCUUAGUGGUUCAAUCUGCAUGAUUCCUGCCACCCCCCACCUGUUUGUCACCCCUCCAGGGUCUGAGUGGCUGGCAGCUUGGGGCAGGCACUGGGCAGCCUGGGUGGCUGCAGCUGCCUCCCACGGCCACACGGUGCGCUCAGUACUGGCCACAGCUGCUCUGGCACCGUGGCAGGACUGGAGGGAGUGUGGCUGGAGGGUGCCAGGGCUUGGACACCUAUAGCAUUUACACCUGUCCCUUUACGGGGAAGCGUGUCUGCCUGUCGGCUACUUCCUCCCAGGGCUCACUCAAGCCCGCUGCUCCUCUGCCCUGCAGCGCCUGCCACACGAGGACAACCUGUUGUCACUGCUCAGUACAGUAAGGGUGACAACUCAGCUCUACUGUGAAGUUAUCGAGAGGCCAGACGUCCAUAAACACUGUACUGCUACCCUCCCUCCACUGGCUGACCACUGAGGAGUCGGUGAGCUCUGUGUUUCAGGGCAUGACCUGUCCCUGGGACGGGAUGGAGUCGGGCGGGACAGGCCUUCUUAUGUUAACCAUCCCUCUUCCUUUAGACCUCUUAACAACUAAACCAAGCCAAACGACAAAGGAAACUUGCACAACCUAAAAGAAACUUGAAAGGGAUAAUAUACUACUAGUUUGUACUAAGUUUUUUCAAGAAAUGGAAACAAAUUUAUGUAUAUAUAUGCAAUAUAUUUUUACACGAUUUUAUUAACGUUAAGGAGAACCGAGCAUAUCACUUUAUCAGUGUGAUGGGUAAUGUUGGUGUCUGGGUGUUCCGACUCAGAAAGGCUCUUCUGCUGAUGUCUAAAUCACACUCACCAGGAAGGUCUCUGGGGUCCCGAGGCCCUGCUGUCCCUCCCACAGAGCGUAAGGCACCAUGUCACCUGUUGGACUUGCUUUUGUGGCCCGGCCUGUAAAUUUUUAGUGAAACAGCUCCUGUCUGUCUGCACAUUUCUCCUGUGUGUGUGCUGUCUGUCGUAGCAUCCUGUGUCA